AGACUGAACUCGAAAUUUUUAGGGCCGGAUGUUCAAAUCGGCUUUGGGAUAUUUUGCUGGAGCCAAUGCACAAUUUGGAUCAACUGCCAGUGGAACCAACGAUCUAGUGGGCAGUACCUUAGAAUUGGGAAAUGCUAAUCUUAGAGUGAAGAGAGUAAUUGCAGAGGGAGGUUUCGCUGUUGUUUUUGAAGCAGCUGAUAUUUCGACUAAUAAAAGCUGCGCUGUGAAAAGAUUACUGGCGCAUGAUGUCGAAAAGAAAAAAGAGAUUGAACAAGAAAUUAAGUUUUUGAAACUUCUUUCGGGUCAUCCAAACAUUAUUCGGUUUAUCACUGCCGCAUCUAGCCAAAACAAUGUAUCAGGAAGCACUGAAUACCUAGUGGUGAUGGAAUAUUGCCCAAGAGGUAGACUCACUGAUUUAUUGGCAGCCAAGACAAAACUGUCUCGGGAAGAAGUGAUAUGUUAUUUUUACCAAAUAGCCCGAGCAGUUCAACACAUGCAUUCCCAAUCUCCACCGAUCAUUCAUAGAGAUCUUAAGCUGGAAAAUGUUCUAAUCAAUGGUAGAGGAAUGUUAAAGUUGUGUGAUUUCGGUAGUGCAACAACUCAGGUUCAUCAUCCAGAUUACUCAUGGUCAGCCCUUAAACGGUCCCAAGUUGAAGAUGAAAUUACAAGCCACACCACACCCAUGUAUCGAACGCCAGAAAUGCUGGAUCUGUAUCAAAAUUUCCCAAUCGACCAGCAACAGGAUAUUUGGGCAUUAGGCUGUACGCUGUACCUUUUGUCUUAUGGAACACACCCGUUCGAAGAUUCCGCAAAGUUGAGAAUUUUAAACGCAAAUUACACCUUAGAGAAUCGAGACACACAGUACGAGGUUUUACAUGACUUAAUUAGAGGAUGCUUAAUGGUCGAUCCACGUCAUAGGCCUAGUGUGAACGACACUGUGCAUCGAAUUGAAGAAAUUGCCGAGGCUCUACAAAUAAACUUAGCCUCACUUCUGAAAAAGAGUGCCACGAAUUCUCCCGUCCAUGAAAUGAGUAGCCCGCCUGCUACCGCGCAAAGUCCAAGUAAUUCACUUCCUACGCAGCGCGAGCAAGUUCCUUCUAAAUCCAAAACAGAAGUCAGCCCGCAUCACCAUAAUCAGGCGAACAACAGUGUGCAAGAAUCUUCUGGUGCUAUGUUUAACUCGUUCAAAAGCGGAGCUUCAAGUUUCCUGACAAACAUGAAAGAAGCAUCAAAUAAAAUGGCAGAAACGAUGGCGAAUUAUGCAAAAGGAGAUCUAGAUAUCAGUUACAUCACUUCUAGAAUUCUGGUUAUGUCAUAUCCUGGAGAAGGCAUACAAGCCGCUGUUCGGAAUAACAUCGAUGCCGUUAGAGCCUUUCUAGACAGUAAACAUCACAAAAAGUACGCAGUUUACAAUUUGACUUUGUCCCCGUAUCGUCACUACAAGUUUGACAACCGAGUUUCAGAUUGUGGCUGGCCAGCGAAAAAGAGUCCAAACUUGACGAAUCUUCUAAUGAUUUGUAAAAAUAUGUCUCAGUGGCUUAAAAUUGAUUCCUCUCACGUUGCAGUGAUUCACUGCGUUGACGGCAAAGCGCAAUCUGCUCUAGUUUUGGCAGCUUUCUUUGCUUACUGCAAUAUGUACCAGAAUUUAGGCCCCAGUCUUCAUUUGUUUACGUUAAAAAGAACAGGUCCCGGAAUAAUUCCAUCUCACCGAAGAUACAUUGAAUAUGUAGCUGACAUAUGCAAUGCUUCCGAAAACCAACCGAGAACCAUUCCUCACCACAAGAUUGUAAGGUUUAAUAAUUUGGUUCUAAAACCAGUGCCAUUAAUUAAUAGUCAGAAAACAGGAUGUAAACCUUUUUGCGAAGUUUAUCAAAGUGAGAGCAGAGUUUUCACUACUUCACAGGAGUAUGACGCAAUACCUGGGUUUGACAACAGGGACGACUGUGUUAUGAUUCCACUGGAAAUUGAUCUUAUGGGAGAUUUGACAUUUAUAGUGUACCACGCGCGAUCGAUUCUUGGUGGAAAAGUACAAGCAAAAAACAUCUCGCUGAAAAUGUUCCAAUUUCAGUUCAAUUCUGGAUUUCUACCUGAAGAUAGCUGCUGUGUUAAGUUUGGCAGGUUUGAGAUAGACUACAUGGAGAGUCCAGACCGAUAUCCAGACAUGUUUGCUGCUUCUUUAAACUACGAAGUAACGUCGAAGGAAGAUUUGACGUCUCAGAAAAAGAGCUUUAAUUAUGAUGUCCUCAAGAGCAAGGAGUUGACUCCCUACUUAGUUGUAAAAGAUGACACAGAGCUGAAUCUUUUGUAUCAAACUGUUGGUCCACCUGAAGCAAGGACUCACAAAGCCCACGAUGAUGACUGUUUCGAAUAUAAAAAUUGGGGUCAUGAUAAAACAAACUCAUCUGCAACGACUAAUGGAAGUUUUCCGUUCAACAAUUCAGCCACGGAGUCAAUGCAAAUGUCUUCGGAUAACGCACUCAACGCAACCAGUUCUAGCAACGAAGACAACGUCCUGUUGAUAUCGUCCGGAACGGAUGCUUCAUCGGCAUCUCGUGCGUCGCCUCAGCCCGACUACGAAAAUGUUGCCGUGGACGUUCCGAGUCUCCUUGACUUUGGCGAGAAUAGUGGGGACACGCCUCAGAAACAAUCAGAUCCUUUUGGAGACAUGGGAGGACGUUUCGAUCCUUUCAAAUCAAGUGGAACAGAAGGUGGAGUCGAUACUAAUUUCAAUCUAUUCGCUGAUGAUCCUUUUGGUUCUAGCGCUGUUGCUCAAGGUCAAACAAGCCAACCGGAUCCCUCGUCAGAUCUCUUCGGAGCCGACCCUCUAGUAGCUCAGUUUGAUAGCUUAGGAGUCGGAACUACGAAUUUCAAUGGAAGUGAAAGUCACAAAAUGGAAAGCCCCAAUCUUAUGGGCGAUUGGUCAGAUGUGAUAAACACUAGUUCUCAGCCUGGGUCAAUUAACACACAAUUUUCAAGUCAAUAUCCUUCGGCGAGCCUCUCACAGCCAAUGUUUAACAGGUCUACUUCGUCCAAUCUGAAACCAGCUGCAAAUUCUAAUGCUGUGCCGAGCCAGAAUUCAAAAAUGACUACUAAGGGAGCGCCGUUGGACCCUUUUGGAUCAUUGGAUCCAUUUGGGGUAUCAAAAGCUCCGAAUGAUUCUCUCAAAGUGAAUGGAAAAGCUGGCCAGCAGCAAACAGGUUUUGGAUCGAGUGGUUCAAGAUCCAGAUCCGUUAGUCCAAAUCCAACUUCCAGGACUCAAACUCAGUCGUCUGGUAACCAGCAAUCCACCACAGCUCAUCAACAGAACAAACCAAAUUACAACUUAAACAUUCCCGGAAGUGGUAGUGGCGCAAAAUCUAAUCCCAGCUCUGUCCCUAAAACUGGAGCUUCGCCUAAAGUAAACCGCAAAAAUGAUUUCUCGGACCUUCUUGGGGGUUUUAAUGUUUCGGGCGCUGCAAGCUCAGAAGGACCAAAGACAUUAAAAGAUCUGAAGAACCAGCUUCUCGCCGAGACCCUGGAUCCCGAUGAAAUGAAGAUCCGAGACUGGAUUGACGGUAAAGAAGGAAAUAUCAGAGGACUGUUGUGCAGUUUGCAUAAAGUGGUCUGGGACGAGUCGCCAUGGAAAGAAUGCGGAAUGCAUCAGUUAGUCAGUGCCAGUGACGUUAAGAAAAUGUGGCGUAAAGCGCUUCUGGCUACACAUCCAGAUAAACAAGUGGGAACAGCGAAUGAAAAAUUAGCCAAGAUGAUCAUGAUUGAAUUGAAUGAUGCUUGGGAUAAAUAUCAAAAUAGUGGGGCGCAAUCUUUGUAUGGUAACUGAGCAUGCUGGUUUUAAAACGCGCUUAAGUUUUACAAAUUGUCAAUAUUAUCGAAAUUGUUGGUCCUAAUUUGAAACGCUGAAGUGGUAUUGGGAAAAUAAAGGUAACAUUUUUAUUGCAGUUGUCGUAGUCUUUUACUCAGUUUUUGACUCAAAUUAGUUUUGAAGUGAUUUAAGCACCAUAAGAAAAUCGUGUAUUGCACUUAAACAAAUACUUAAUUCAGUGCUUUAAAAUUUUCAAAUCAAUCAUUGUAAACAGUAGAACUUGUGUAUUCAAAUUUUUGAAUAAAGUAAGAUCAAGCUCAAACAUUUUUUUGAACCAUGUAUUCAAAAUAAUUUUGCUGUAUAUUGGCACUUGAGUGAGAGUAAUCAGCAGCUAAUAGUCCGCCUACUUUAUGAAUAGCAGUUAAUUAUAAAAUAAAUACAAGCCGAUAUAUCGUUUGAAUGAAUUAUUUUAUCGCAAUGUUCGCAUCCUCGCUAUUGUACAAAUAUGGCAAAUAUAAAGUGUAGAAUAGAUCUUGUUCAAUUUAUUCGAUUAAUUAUAACU